CUCAGAACGCCAUCGCCCUUCCGCCGCCGAUGCCGAUCAACUACUCCAAGUGGGACAAUCUCGAGCUCUCUGAUGACGAGGAGCACUUCCACCCAAACAUCGACAAUAACCUGAUGAUCCGCCUGCAGCGCGAGAAGCGCCAGCAGCGCGAGGCGGAGGAGGAGAAGAAGAAGCAGGAGCUGCUCGCCAAAGGCACGCCUGAUGCGCUGGAGGAGAUGGAGAAGCUCGAGCGGAUGAAGAAGCUGCACGUGGGCAACAUCUGCCACGACAAGUACAGCUCCAAGCACGAGGCGAGCAAGCCGUCUUCGUCGGCCGAGGCGCCGCAGGCCGCGAAGGACACCAAGCUGCGGGUGGCGGCGACCGAGCCGGAGAGCUUUACGGACGGGUACGAGGAGUUCCUCAGGUCGCACACCGCGACGCUCGAGGAGUACGCCGCCAUCGACGACGAGGACGAGAAGUCGGAGGCGUACAUCCUCUCGCACACGGAGCUCCUCUCGGAGCACGCCACCGGCUACUACCUCCUCCAGUGCAUCAGCCUGCAGGCCGAGGGCAAGACGCGCAGCAUGAAGAAGAUGGCGCGCCAGUACCUGCUGCUCACCUAUGUGUGCGACCUCGCGAAGACGAUGCCGGGGCGCGACGCGCGCGACGCGAUCCGGCCGCUCUUCCGCAAGAUGGAGGCGUCGGCAGAGUCGCGGGAGGCGUUUGCGGACCACCUCGAGAAGUACACUGCGCACGUCAAGACCCGCGCCGAGGUGAAGAAGAAGGAGGACGCGGAGCGGGCGGCGCGCGGCGGCGACGAGGAGUACGAGUACGUGCCGCUCGAGAAGGGCGAGCAGCUGGGCCCGGGCGGGCUCGACCCGGCGGAGGUGUUCGAGUCGCUGCCGCGCGAGAUGCAAGAGGCGUUUGGCGACCGCGACAUCGACGCGCUCAAGCGGAUCCUGCAGGCGAUGGACCCCGACGAGGCGUCGCGCCACAUGAAGCGCUGCGUCGACUCGGGUCUGUGGAACCCGACGGGCGGCGAGGGCUCGCCGGACGACGACGAGGCGGAGGCCGAGGGGCGCGCAAAGCCCUCUGAGGUGGACUCGUCGCCCAGCGCCGAAGUGGAUGACUGAGCAGCCGCCUAUGCCGGCGAAGGAUGAGUACGCAUGCACGCGCGGCGACUCGAUGACGUGACGCGAUUCGCUCCCUCUCGGCGAGCGCGAGUGACGUCACCGCUGCUACAUCACACAGUGGGUAAAGAGCGCGCGGAUUCGCGGAGACUCCGCUGGCCUCCAGAGACUCGGCUCGAGUGCCCCUCUUGUGAUACGAUAGCGUAGGCGCACGUGGGGGAGUGCGGAGUUUACGUGUGGCGUGCCGGAUGCGCGGAUAAUGUAUGUAGAAUGGAGAGGGCAACGAAUUUCGA